GGGUGGCGGCUCCUCCCCGCGGGGCGGCGGGCGGGCCGGGCCGGAGGGGCUGCGCCGAGGCGGAGGGACAGCCUGGAGCGCCCGGCAGCCGCGGGCCGGGGGCCCCGGACCCCUCCCGGAGCCCAGAAGGAGGAAGGCCCCCUCCCGAGGAUGACACUAAACACCCAGCAGGAAGCCAAGACGCCCCUGCGACGGCGAGCCAGCACCCCGCUGCCCCUGUCCCCCCGGGGCCGCCAGCCUGGCCUGAGCGCGGCACCUUCCACCUCCACACCAUCCGGGCACCCCCCGCUGGGCCAGUCGGCCUCCCUCAACCCUCCCACCCAGCGACCUAAGCCUGCCCCCGACGGCUGGUCCUCUGACUCCAGCGACUCCGAAGGCUCCUGGGAGGCCCUGUACCGCGUGGUGCUGCUGGGGGACCCCGGCGUGGGGAAGACCAGCCUGGCCAGCCUCUUCGCAGGGAAGCAGGAGCGGGAGCUCCACGAACAGCUGGGAGAGGACGUGUACGAGAGGACGCUCACCGUGGAUGGCGAAGACACCACCCUGCUGGUCAUGGACACCUGGGAGGCUGAGAAACUGGAUGAGAGCUGGAGCCAGGAGUCCUGCCUGCAGGUGGGCAGCGCCUACGUCAUCGUGUACUCCAUCGCAGACAGGGGCAGCUUCGAGAGCGCCUCUGAGCUCCGCAUUCAGCUGAGGCGCACACACCAGGCGGACCACGUGCCCAUCAUCCUGGUGGGCAACAAGGCGGACCUGGCGCGCUGCCGGGAAGUCUCUGUGGAAGAGGGACGCGCCUGCGCCGUGGUGUUCGACUGCAAGUUCAUCGAGACCUCGGCCGCCCUGCAGCACAACGUGGCCGAGCUGUUCGAGGGCGUGGUGCGCCAGCUGCGCCUGCGCCGCCGGGAGGGCCCCAGGGAGCCCCCCGCACCCCGCCGGCGGGCCAGCUUCGGGCAGCGCGCGCGGCGCUUCCUGGCCCGCCUGACGGCCCGCAGCGCCCGCCGCCGCGCGCUCAAGGCCCGCUCCAAGUCCUGCCACAACCUGGCUGUGCUCUGAGCCCCGCCGCCCAGGGCGGUGAACACUAGGGGGCACACGCUCUGCCCACGCCACCGAGUGAGGGCCCCCUCCCCCCGAGGGCCAAGGCGCAGAGACCUGGAGCGCGCGCCGUGGGCCAGAGCAUCUCCCGGAGCCGCAGCUGCAGGGGCGCCUUGGCCACGGGGAGCGAUGGAUGUACAGACUAUGGGGCCCGAAGGCCAAGCUCGGCACACAGUAGGGGAUUUUUUUUUUUUUACACGAUUUGCGUCUUUUUGUAAAAAACAAAACAAAACAACUUUUCUUUAUCCUCGGGCUCAGAAACACUCCCCCCGUCUUCCCACUCCGCCCCCCCCAAAAAACACACCACAGACUACAAGGAUGUCCCGUCUGAAUGCCCAGACUUCAUGGGGGUUCCUCUGGGCAUCCCCACCUGCUGCCCUCCCAUCUGCACUGGCUCCAGACGGGGCCACCUGCUGGCCUGAGUCGGGGUCAGCCAAUAAAGUCAUUGGAACUGUA